UGACGUGAUGGCGGCAUGGCGCCAUCCCCGAGUCCCAUCCGCGAGGCCACUAAUGGACGCGUCAUUGGGAGUCCACUGCAGUCAUCCCACACUUGGAAGCAACUCCCACCUCUGUCUUCUCCUCCCCAUAAAGAAGAACGCCAAUGCGAAUGCGCACUUGAAACAAGCGGUGUUCGUUUGCCCACUUCGUCUCUCCCCACCCCCGCCCGCCCCCUUCUGAUACUUUCCCCAGGUCCUCCCUCGUCUGCAUUUGACCUCCAUGGCCAGCGCACCUCCAACAGAUCCGAGGCCUUCUCUCGCCUCUCGCUUCAGGAUAACUUGAUCUGCCCGCCUGUGCCAUUGUCGGAGCCCUCCGACGCUCUGUUCCAGUGUGAAGAAUCACAGCUCUCCUUAAUGUUGAAAUCAGCCUUUCUCUUCCAUUUCUUGGCCACUCUUCUUCUUCUUCUCCUUUCUGUCACUCCCAUCUCCUCAUCCCUUUCACCGGAAUCCAAAGUGCUCCUUGAAAUAAAAGGCCAGCUCAAUGAUCCUAUGAACCAACUUGAGAGCUGGAAUGAAUCUAAAUCUCCUUGUGAGUUUGCUGGAGUCCACUGCAACAUCGGCACCGGCCAUGUAGUCGGAAUCUCUCUUCCAAGCAUCUCUUUGUCAGGCAACAUAUCACCGUCAAUCUCUCUUCUACGCAGCUUGGCCACUCUGGAGCUCGGCGGCAACACCAUCUCCGGCGUUGUCCCUUUGGCCUUGGCCAACUGCACCAGCCUUCGGGUCCUCAAUCUCUCCACCAACAGCUUGAGUGGUUUGCUGCCUGAUCUUUCAGCUCUGCGGAACCUGCAAGUUCUUGAUCUGUCCACAAAUGGCUUCACUGGAGAAUUCCCUGCCUGGGUGGGGAAACUGCCCGGUCUGGUUGAGCUCGGCCUGGCGGAGAACGACUUUGAUGCCGGAGAGAUACCAGAGAGCAUUGGCCAUCUGAAGAACCUGACAUGGCUGUUCUUGGCUCAAUGCAAUCUUCAAGGGGAAAUCCCAGCCUCCAUCUACGGGUUGACGAAGCUGGGAACGUUGGACCUCUCUCGCAAUCAGAUCUCAGGACAAGUAUCGAAAGCAAUAUCCAAUCUGAGCAGUCUCUACAAGAUCGAGCUCUACCAGAACAACCUAACCGGAGAGAUCCCACCUGAGCUCGCCAAUCUCACGUUACUACGUGAAUUCGAUGUCUCCCGCAACCAGCUCACCGGGAAGCUUUCUCCUGAGAUCGGCAACCUGAAGGAGCUAACGGUCUUCCAUUUAUACACAAACAGCUUCUGGGGUGAGCUUCCCCGGGGGUUCGGAAACCUGGAGCACCUCGUCUCCUUCUCCGUCUACGGGAACAACUUCUCCGGGGAGUUCCCAUCCGAUCUCGGUCGCUUCUCGCCGCUCAACAAGAUCGACAUAUCCGAGAACAGCUUCUCCGGCGACUUCCCCCGAUUCCUGUGCCACAACAAUAACCUGCAGUACUUGCUUGCUCUCGACAACGAUUUCACAGGGCAAUUCCCCGGAUCAUACGCCGAGUGCAAAACGUUGGUGAGGUUUCGGAUCAGUCAAAAUGGCUUCACAGGGGGGAUUCCCAGUGGAAUCUGGGGAUUGCCAUCUGCAGUGAUCAUCGACGUAGCUGACAACGAGUUCAUCGGAGGUGUGUCUUCUGACAUAGCCAUGUCAGCUAGCUUAACUCAGUUGUAUGUGCAGAACAACCGGUUCUCGGGGGAGCUCCCAGCAGAGCUUGGUGAUCUUCCUCAGCUCCAGAAGUUGUUUGCAUUCAACAACUCUUUUUCUGGUCGAAUUCCAUCUCGAUUCGGAGAUCUGAAGCAACUGUCAUCUCUGCAUCUGGAAGAUAAUGAGCUCACAGGAACAAUACCAUCAGAACUUGGAUUGUGUGACAGCUUGGUGGACCUCAACCUUGCACAGAAUUCACUGACUGGUGAUGUUCCAGCAACACUAGCUUUGCUGAACUCCCUCAACUCGCUCAAUCUUUCGCAAAACCACAUCACGGGCUCAAUCCCUGAUGGUCUACAAGCACUGAAGCUGAGCUCUAUUGAUCUGUCGGAUAACCAGUUGUCAGGGAGAAUUCCACCAGAUCUGCUGCUGAUUGCUGGAGAUGAAGCAUUCUCCGGGAACAAAGAACUCUGCACAGAUAGAGCAAUGCACACAGAGUUUAGCUUCUGUAAUCUGAGCCAUAGCCACACGGAUGUAACGCGAAAGCAUAUGUAUCUCGUGAUCACCAUAGCAUUCGCCAUGAUCAUACUUUUAGCUGGUCUCAUCUUUGUGAGUUACCAAAGCUUCGAGCUUGAAGAACAGAAUAGGAGAAGAGAUUUGGAGGAAGGAAAGGAGAAGGAUUCGGAAUGGAUGCUUGAAUCUUUCUACCCAACAGAGCUGGAUCCCGAGGAGAUCAUCAACCUGGAUGAAGAGAAUCUGAUUGCGCGCGGAGGCACCGGUAAAGUGUACCGAUUGGAUUUGAGCAAGAACAGAGGAACAUUUGCUGUGAAGGCUGUUGUUGGUACAAAGAUUGUGACAGCUGAGAUCGAUAUCAUGGGCAAGAUCAAGCACAGGAACAUACUAAAGCUCUUUGCAUGCUUGACCGGAAGGGAAUCGAGUUAUCUAGUCUUCGAGUACAUGGCGAAUGGGAAUCUGUAUCAAGCUCUGCGCCGGGAGAUCAAGGGUGGGCUGCCGGAGUUGGACUGGAACAAGCGCUACAAGAUUGCAGUGGGGGCAGCAAAAGGCAUCAUGUAUCUCCACCAUGACUGCUCUCCAACUAUCAUUCACAGAGACAUAAAGUCGAGCAAUAUACUGCUGGAUGAGGAGUACGAAGCCAGAAUCGCCGAUUUCGGGAUCGCCAUCGUUGUGGAAGGAUCGGAGUCGAGUUGUUUUGCUGGAACUCAUGGUUAUAUUGCUCCAGAACUUGCGUAUUGUCCUAAGGUCACCGAGAAGAGCGAUGUAUACAGCUUCGGAGUAGUCCUACUGGAACUGAUUACCGGCCGCGGCCCAACUGAUCCCCAGUUCGGAGGACGAGACAUAGUGUCUUGGAUUUCCAGCCAUGUCGAUGGCCAAAAUCUUGCAGAGGUUUAUGAUCACAGGGUGCCAAGUUCUGCAGAGGAGGACAUGGGGAAGGUGCUCAAGAUUGCCAUCCUCUGCACCACCAAGCUGCCAUCUUGCCGGCCUACCAUGAGAGAGGUGGUGAACAUGCUGAUAGAUGCUGAUCCAUGCUCAGUUGUCAAUGGCGUGAGAAGUAUCAGUAAGAACUGCUAGCUUUUUAUCUCAGCAGUUCCUUGUGAUGAUCUUGAUUUAGAUAUCUCAUACAUCCAUGUGUGCUAAGUUUAGACUUAGAUGAUGUAUCAAUAAAUCAGGGACUCUUUACACUCAUAUAAUUAGGCUACUUGUAUUCCCAUGUUAUGAAAUCUAAAUUUUUGUAAAUGAUCAUAUAAAUA